AGUACAUUUUGUAAGUACUCCAAGGAAAUUACUCAUAGUCCAAAUGAAUCUUCCAUACAAAAGUCAAUAUUAAAAAAAUUAUGUCAGUCUCCAAUUCCAAUUGUUGAAAAACGAAACAAAACUAAAACCCAAAGAUUGAUCAGAGAAGUUAACAACAAUGGUGAAAACAGUCGUAGGAGAAGAAAUCCGUCUUCAAUUAGCAGAAGAUCAUCUUGCUCAAUCUGCUAUUCCUGCUCAGGUAGGAUUGGUGAUUGGUAAACUUAAUUCCAAAUUAGAUAAAGGGUUUAUCUUUGAUUUGGUUCCUACACCUGCUAAUGAUGAUGGAGAUCCUCCUUGCUCCAUUAUUGAACCUCAAAAACCUGAAAAGAAAAAGGGUGCUUCCAAGUCUAGAUCUUUUGCUGAUUCUUCUCUUUUUAUUGAUGGAGAUUGGGUUGCCGAACAUGCUCGUCAGGUUUCAAGGUUGCUGUUAGGUGGUGUUAAGGUAGUUGGUGUCUACGUAUGGGCUGGUGAAACUGUCUUCAAGCAAUCAACAUUAGCUCUUUGUCAGACUGUUAAGGGAGUAGCAGAUGCAGUACCUUUUGUGGAGAAUGAUCUUGACGAGAUGUUGCUUCUUCACAUAUCUUAUAGUCCUAGAAGGUGGACAUGUCGAAACUGUUCUCUCUCUUCUAAUAUAACUGCAAGUAGCCUUCGACCUUGUGAUUUUAAAAUGGGAAGGGUUUUCAAUUCCCUCCAAACUUUUCGGUGCAUCUACAAUGUUUAUUUGAGAUUGCCAAUUUCUCGUGCAAGCCUGUCGACUACCAAAAUGUUGAAUGAUGUAUUGAUGGAUGGAAUUUCAACUCUUACCAAGGAGCUCAAAAGUGCAAAAGCAAUUGUUGAUGGCAAUUUGGUUGAUGUAACUACGGACAAGUUAUGCACAUCUACUAAUGUGCAUGAAGUUGAACUGCUCUUGCCUCCUAUGAAAGAUGCCUCGUUGGAAGCCAACAGUCAAAAGGAUGUUGUCGGUAUUCUUGUGUAUUCCGGUGCAGUAUGCUCUUAUUCCUAUCUGAACUCAAAAGAAUCCGUAUCACAAGCCGUGGCUGAUAUUAAGGAAGAUAUCAUCAUUAGCUUGCGAAGUAGAUUGGAUAUGAUCUCUGAUGAGGCCGAGAGACAAAUUACUGUAUCUUCUGAAGAUGUUUCUGAAACGAACAUAGAAAUGUUGAAAGUAGAAUCUGUCUACCAGAUUACCCGACAGCCUUUGAGAAAGCAAUGCAUACUGCCGUUUCCGCGGAGAGUUUUCAUACCUUGGCUAGCUGGCACCUUCAUUUGUGACUACCUUUUACCAACCGAAACUUUUGAGGCCCUUAAAGAUCACUUUGUCGAGUUGCUAUCAAUGGAAGCUCCGGAAGAUGUGUCCACAUUCGUGCAACCAGAAAAUGAACACCCAAGCUUGGCUGCAAAAUCAUUCUGGGAUGCGGCAGCACCCUUGUAUAAAUCACUUGAUUCUGCUCAAAAUGAAAGUAGGAGCCGAGAAAUUGCAAAGAAGGGUGAUUCCCGAAAAUCAACUGCCGGAAGUUUUAACGCUGCGUUUGCUGGUCUUGUUCUUCUCAUUGCAGUUAUAUUUGGUUCACUGUUCUAUGCUAAGAGCUCUAGAUGAAGAUGAACCCUCUAAACAAGGAUACUAUUACUGUUGAAAAAUGUCGGUAUGAUCCAUUACUGGUUUUUGAUCUCAGAUUUGCAAUUAAGGAACACUGAAGUUUGUCCAGUUUGACGAAGAAGUAUUUGUGGAACAACCGAAAUUUCUGUAAUUGUAUUCUCGGAAAAUGCAGCGAACGAAACCAUGAGAAGGAAUAUUUGAAUAUGAUAAGUAUCCUAACAAUUGAACUGAAAA